UAAGAUUCCAGUGCAGAGAUUUUGAAGCUGACAACUAGGCAAGACAACUCCUUCAACAGGCCCCCUAUAAUUCUGCUUUAGACCGUUAAAUAUACUAACUUCACAUACAGUGCAUCAGUGCUGAGGAAUAUAUCUGCAAGCAGCUGGCUGAACUAUUGAAAGAGCCUAAUAAGGUUUUCACUGAUUAGCAUUACACCAUGUGGGUGACAAACCUGGUAGCCCUGGUCCUCCUGGCCACUUCAGCCUCAGCUGCCACCUCGGCUUCAGCAGACAAGGUCCUGAGUAACCACGCCACCAUCCUGGCUGACAACAGCGCAAAACUGGCUUUCAGUCUCUACCAGAACAUGGCUAAGGAAAAAGAUGUGGAAAACAUCCUCAUCUCCCCUGUGGUGGUGGCCUCCUCUCUGGGUCUGGUGGCUCUUGGAGGCAAAUCCUCCACUGCCUCUCAGGUGAAAACCAUUCUGAAUGCGGCUAAAGUUAAAGACGAGCAGCUGCACUCGGGUCUGGCUGAGCUGUUGACGGAGGUGAGCAACCAAAAGACCCGCAAUGUCACCUGGAAGAUUAGCAACCGUCUAUAUGGACCCAGCUCUGUCACCUUUGUCGAUGAUUUUGUCAAGAGCAGCAAAAAGCACUAUAACUGUGACCACUCCAAGAUAAACUUCAGAGAUAAGAAGAGCGCUGUGAACUCCAUCAACGAGUGGGCAGCCAAGUCUACUGAUGGCAAACUGCCUGAGGUCACCAAGGAUGUAGAAAAGACUGAUGGGGCAAUGAUCAUCAACGCUAUGUUUUUCAAACCUCACUGGGAUGAACAGUUCCAUCAUAAGAUGGUGGACAACCGUGGAUUCAUGGUGUCCCGUAGCUACACUGUGUCAGUGCAGAUGAUGCACCGCACAGGUAUCUAUGACUUCUAUAACGACAAAACCAAUGAGCUGACCAUCUUGAGCAUGCCUUUGGCUCAUAAGAAGUCCACUGUGCUGUUCAUCAUGCCCCACCAUGUGGAAACUCUGGCGAGGCUGGAGAAGAUGCUGACCAAGGAGCAGCUGGAUACGUGGAUGGGCAAGCUGCAGAAGACAGCAGUAGCCGUGUCUCUGCCCAAAGUCAGCAUGGAAGUCAGUCACAACCUGCAGAAACACCUCGGGGAGUUGGGGCUGACAGAGGCUGUGGACAAAUCCAAAGCUGACUUGUCCAACAUCUCUGGGAAGAAGGACCUCUACCUGUCCAGUGUGUUCCACGCCUCUGCGCUGGAAUGGGACACCGACGGGAACGAAAUUGACGCCAGCAUCUUCGGCACAGACAAGCUGAAAAGUCCUAAAUUGUUCUACGCCGACCACCCUUUCAUCUUCCUGGUGAAGGACCAGAAGACAAACUCUAUCCUGUUCAUUGGCAGGAUGGUCAGGCCAAAGGGUGAAAAGAUGAGAGAUGAAUUGUAACCACGUGUUCACCUGCGCUGCUUAACUUAAAUGCCUGACUGUGCGUGUGUGUGAGUGUGCAUAUUUUCUCCUGCAGUAUGCUGAGAGAAGUGGGAAACGAAAUGUACAUUUGAUAUUGCACAUCACGUGUCAACAGCAUUCCACAAUACACGACUGAAGAGAUGUGUUCAAACAUUUGGUCCUGUGUUUCAGUCAGCAAACAUUGUGCACACCCCUCAUUUUUAUCUUGAAGACUAUUUGAUAUCACUGUGGCUUUUUUUUUUGUUAUGCAUUGGCACAUCUUAUUAUGGGCUUGACACUUACAUUAAGUUUGAUUUCCCUGGUUGAUUCCUAAAAUGUAAAUGCACAUAGCUUAAUGGAGGAGGGAGAAUACCUGUGAAACAUUACCACAUGCCAUGAUUUCUGUUGUGACUUCUUAACAUCAAUCUUUGUGAAAGGUGUUCAACAGUCAUUCUUUUGGAGAGAUUUUAUGGUGCUUGUUGUUUAAGUUAAGAAAAUAUGUUUUAGUUUGUCAUGGCUCAACCUUUAAUUUGUUAAGUUCAAGGAGCUUCACUGUUAUCUGCCCAUCCUUUGCACUGCUUUCCAGCACAAGCACAUUUAUUUUAUUUGUUUGGUGUCGAUCUACCCUGAAUACACUGAUCUAAACUGGCAAGCAAACCAAAUGGCUGAUUUAAUAAGAACUAUCUUUAAAACAACGUGUGCACACAUGGUUUGACAGUUUCAAGAUAUGGAUGCAUUUAGACUGUUUCAAUUUUCCAGUUUUUGCAAAUAAAGGUGUGAAAAAACCCAA